AUGUUUUCUGCCAGUACUAUCUCAAGCGAAAGUUCCUCAGUCGAAUAUGAUGAUUCUGUAGCUAAAGCGAUUCAGAACUCUGACGAGCUUGUUGCAGCCCUUCGGGCUACCCAUACAACUCCUCUUUGGGCCCAGAUGCAGAGACUGAACCCACCUGCACCCAAUCCACAGACUAUCCCUCAUGUUUGGUCUUAUGAUAACAUCAGGCCUUUCCUCGUUAAAGCAGGACAGCUGAUCACAGAGAAACAAGCCGAGCGUCGUGUUCUUAUGCUGGGUAAUCCCGCUAGAGAGGCGCCUUAUACCACGGACACCCUGUACGCUGGUCUUCAGCUAGUGCAGUCCAAAGAAACGGCACCCGCUCACAGACACACAGCUUUCGCCUGUAGGUUUAUUAUUGAAGGAACUGGUGGCUUUACUGCAGUCCACGGAAAGAGAGUUCCGAUGCGGCCUCGCGACGUCAUUGUCACUCCUACAUGGAACUGGCAUGACCACGGCAAGAAAGGUUCUGAUGAGGAAGGCGGAGAUGAUCAACCCGUCAUCUGGCUAGAUGGGCUUGACCUUCCCAGCUUCAUCCACUUUCCUGUACACUUUGUGGAGCACUAUGCUUCUCCACGAUACCCAGCCGAGGGCUUUGAAGAAUCAGAAAUCGUCUACCCAUGGGACAGAAUGCAGUCUGCAUUGGAUGCCAGUUCCGAUGAUUGGGUUUCCAGACCAUACCUCAAGAAAGAUGGAGCUGAGAUUGGUAGAAUUAUCGGAGCCUCUGCUGAGAGGUUGUUGCCUGGCGCAAGCUCCCCCGAGAUCCAAGAGACUAGCUCUGCAGUCUAUCACGUUAUCGAGGGUUCUGGCUCUACCAAGGUUGGAGACUCUAUCCUGAAGUGGAAGCAGGGUGAUACGUUUUGCAUUCCGACUUGGCACAAGUAUCAACACUAUGCAGGAACAGAGAGUAAGGUAUAUCUGUACAGAUUUGACGAUAAGCCUAUGCUUAGGGCUUUGGGCUUUUACAGGGUGGACGGAGUUAACGUUGAGACUUAUGUAUCGGAGUGA